UUCAUUCUAUCCAUUUCUUCUCUGCAAUUUCUCCCCAAUCUGAGCUCUGUCAGAGUUCUUACAAAACACCAUACAUACAUACAUACAUACAUAUAUAUAUAUUUUAAUUACUUUAAAUCGUCGAAAAUGGAGGAGGCUCUGAGGAGGCUCAACGGAAAUCUGACGGCGGAUUCAGAACCUCUACUGCAACCCACCGCCGUCCCCAAGCGUUGCGCCACCAACAAAAGAUCACUCAAGGACGGCGCCGCCGCCUCCUCCGGCGGCUCCAUGAGGUACCGCGGCGUCCGCCGCCGUCCCUGGGGCCGCUACGCGGCGGAGAUCAGAGAUCCCCAGUCGAAGGAGCGGCGGUGGCUGGGAACCUUCGACACGGCGGAGGAGGCCGCCUGCGCCUACGACUGCGCCGCCCGGGCCAUGCGCGGCGUCAAAGCUCGCACCAAUUUCGUGUACCCGUCGUCUCCGGCGCAACCCGCGGCGGAGAAUCUCAUCCCUCCGUUUACUUACGGGAAACCAUCUCAGCCGUCCAUUCUCGGAUCUCGCCAUUUUGGGUCAUCGUCUUCCUUCCAAAACCCUAAUUUCGAUCCCAAUCGAUCCUCCAUUAGAAACUCUGCCAAUUCGAUGAAUAUCCAUCUCCUCCGCGACUAUCUCGCUUCCUCCAGUUCGAAAUACUCCGACGGGUUCUUCAACUUCCCCUUACACGACCCAAUUCCGGCAAGUUUUCUCAACUGCUCCUUCUCGUCGUUCCCAAAUGAUUUCAAUGGCUCUGCGUAUUUGCCCAACCUCUCCUGCAACACAACAUCCCAAAUCUCGACCGUCAGCGCUACCAUAGUUUCCGACAGCUCCUCCUUCAAGGAAUCUCCGGCGGUUUCAGCAAAAUCCGACGGCUUCGAUAGCUCCGUCGGAAGCUACGACCAGUCUGAUCCGAUGGACUUCUUCCCUACCGAAAGGUCCGAUUCAGGUCUCCUGCAAGAAGUCUUGCACGGAUUCUUCCCAAACCCUAAAACCGCCGCCUCAAAUCCUGAUAAACCUCGACCGGAAAUAGCGGCAUCGUUUGAACCGGCGACGACUUACGUCAAGGAAGAGAACACGACGAAGAACCAGAAAGCUUUCGAGAAUGAAUUUCUAGGCUUCACCAUUGAUUACCCGAAAUCGACUCCUCAAUUUCAGGGUUUGUCUUCUUCUGGGGGUUUCGAGUCGUCAAACUCUCCCGCCGGUUGCUGCACGGAUUUUCCGGCCGCGGAUAUUCCGGCGACGAAUGGAGUAUUGGGAGAUAUAUUUCAUUAUCAAGAAGCCCUAAGCCUCUUUUCAGCAAAGCUCCAGAAUGCCUAAGCCUUUGAUAUUCAGAUUGUUGAUGGUCUUGUUGUUAUUAUUAUUGGCUUGGAAUUGGGGUUUUUAUGAUUUUCUUAAUUCUUCGAACUAAGUUUGUAUUUUUGUAUUUGAGUGGCAGAUCGUUCCAUGUUUAAUGUAGUAAAGUUCCUAU